CAGUGGUGCCAUCUGGCUGAAGUAGAGGAGGGAAAGAAGAAGAAGCAAAGUUAUUGGAGAUAUUUUUGGCUAGAUGCCAGAAAUCACGAGGGGAGUUAGAUCUUGAAAGGUUUUGACAUUUUCUGUUAAUGAAGGAGUUUUUGGCUAGUUGGAGAACAGACUUGGCAUGGUUCUGGGCAGAAAUAUAAAGUGCAUGAGAUUCUGGUGAUGGAAGGCUUAAGUACCUUUUGUGGGCCACCUCUCUAUCAUGUAUAGCACGAGAACAAGCUGUGUUAAACGAAGGUUUAGAAGGUUUAGGAUGAGAAAAAGAGUGAGGAAUGUACGCCUCCAUGCCAGACACUAUCACCUCUGUUAUGCGCUCAGCACACAAAGACGGCUCUCUGACACGGAAGCAGUGGUCAUUCCAAGGAAAAUCAACAAAAUACCUCCUCAGGUCCCCCCAACUAGCAGAGGCAAAAUGCCAGAGGCACCUUCGCUUAGGGGGAUCCUGAGGAGGGAUUGGAGUGAUAGGACAAGAUAAAGAUAUGAGAUUGUGAUCGGAGGAGCCCAAUGGAGAAGAAAGGGUGACAGCAUAAGCAGAAGGAUUAGAGAUCAGGAAAAGGUCAAGAAUGUUGGGCGUAUCUCCAAGACAGUCAGGAAUACGAGUAGGGUGUUGCUCUAGGUCAUGGAGGAUAGCAAAGUUGUAGGCUAGUUCACCAGGAUGGUCAGUGAAGGGAGAGGAAAGGCAAAGCUGGUGGUGAACAUUGAAGUCUCCAAGAAUGGAGAUCUCUGCAAAAGGGAAGAGGGUCAGAAUGUGCUCCACUUUGGAAGUUAAGUAGUCAAAGAAUUUCUUAUAGUCAGAGGAGUUAAUUGAGAGGUAUACAGCACAGAUAAAUUUAGUAUGAGAGUGACUCUGUAGUCGUAGCCAGAUGGUGGAAAACUCGGAAGAUCAAGAGCAUGGGCACGAGAGCAGGUUAAGUCAUUGGCACAUAAACGCAGCAUCCAGCUUUGGAUCGAAAAUGAGGAUAGAGAAAGUAGGAAGGAACAGAAAAGGGGCUACUGUCAGUUGCCUCAGACACCUGGGUUUCAGUGAGGAAAAGAAGAUAAGGUUUAGAAGAGGAGAGGUGGUGUUCUACAGAUUGAAAAUUAGAUCUUAGACCGCGAAUGCACAAGUUAAUGAAGAAAAAGUUGAGGGGGGUGUCAAGACACUUAGGGUCGUCGACGGAAAGGCAGUCCGACCUGGGGACAUUUAUGGUCCCCUCACCAGAUGGGGACUCCGAGGCUGGUGUAGGAGUCACCAUGAUGAUUUUAAAAUUUUUGAGUGAAUGGUGUGUGUGUUAUUAGGUGCUUGUAGUUUUGUGUGGAGGAAGAGAGUUGUCUUUAGAGGGCAGGCUGUGACUGCCCCCUUGUGUUGUGAGACACAAAGGGAAACGUUCAGUGAGGUCACAUCUGGCUUUAAUGAUAAGUUCACAGCACCCCCUGAACAGUGCUGCACACCUCACUGGGAGUAAUUAUCGUUUCGGCAGGUGUCUACUGCCUCCUCCAGCUCACACACAGAGGCACGCUGACAGUGCUGCCAGUGUGUCGUGGCAAGGAAGAAAGGGAAGGGACCCUAAAAGAGAUGAAAAAGUCCCUUGUGCACGCCUGGGAAGUACGCCUGAGGGAGUUUAGGUGUUAAAUUAGAGGAGACAUGUUGACCCCGUGCUCUCAAGUAGCCGAUCUGCGGAAGACGUCACAAGAAGAAUAACAACAAGAUCAAGAACAAGAUCAUCGUCAUUGUUGCCUUGUUUACCUUUGUCACAGUGCUCCUCCUCCUGCUGUCCGUGUGUGUCUGUGUGUGCGUGUGAGCCUGCCUGUGUGUGUGUGCGUGUGUGUGUGCGUGUGUCUUUUGAAGGCACCUCUCAGGCCGCUGCUGUCUCCUCUGCCUGAAAGGAAGGAGAACAAUUCGUGACAAACAAAUAAAGGAAGGAAGGAAGGAAAGAAGGAAGGAAGGAAGAAAGAAAGGACAGUGUUGAGUCUCGCAGGUCACGCCAGCGUCUUGUAAACUGUAAAUUUGCUUGCUUCACCUGGCAAUUGUGAACCACCAAGCAAAAACCAAGCCAUCCUAUUGGUCAACAGGUGAUCACCAUCAGCCCUCCCAUUGGCCCAGAGCUUUGUGGAUUGUGAUUGGACGGCUGGCUGGCUGACCUGACCUGACCUCAACCGAGCCAACAUGAUUUACAUUUUCCUUGUUGACACUGGCACCAUGAUGACCUUUGACAUGAACCUGGCACUAGAGAGUGUUGAGGUGUUGAAGGGUGCAAUACACAAUGCUGUCAAGGUGCCCCCAGACAAACAGGCACAGGUGGAGGGGUGUCUCAACAUGCCAGCCACUUACAACACUGUGGUGGCGCGGACACAGUUAGCACAGCAGUUUUACGAGCACGCUAGUGAGGUCACCAGAACGUGUCGCCAACUUGUUCACGACCAGCAUCUGCAGCAACAAGGCUGAGCAGCAGUGGUGGCCAACUUGGAGGACAUUGUGGCAGCCUUCAGAACAAGACAUGACGCAUUCCAGCAAAAUUUUGUGGAGUAUCUCAGUGGCCGGGAGGAGAAGGUCGCCCUGCUUCAGUCUUUUGAAGAGGACCUUAAGCUACUGGCAAGGAUUCCAGUCUUCCCUGAACUCUUGGGGAAGACACAAGAGGAAGAGGAAGAGGAAGAAGCUGGGAAGAAGAGGAGGACAAGCACAGCACAGAAGAAAGAGGAGGAGGAAGAGAAGGAAGAGGAGGAGAAGGAGGAGGAGGAAGAGGAGGAAGAGCAGGAGGAGGAGAAAAGAGGAGGAGAAGGAGGAGGAGGAGAAGGAGGAAAAAGAGAAAUGAGGCAAGUGUCGCUGCUGGACUGGAUCAGCGCCAAGGACAGCCAAAGUGACGUCAGACAGAUUACCCAACUCUGCUGCAGGGGACUGGCCCAGAUCAGUGAGGGGCUGCUGGAACAAGUGGGGCAAGAGGUCAGCGCUGUGCUUCGAGAGGCAGACCGGCCACAGAUGAAGGAGGUGAAGGGGCUUGGUGAGCGCCUGUGUGGCCUGGAGCAGCUCAUGCAUGAUGCUGCCUAUGUAGUGCAGGAGCAGAGCAAUUUCUCACAGGCUCUGUUGAAGAACCAGGACAGGGCAGGGAAGGUGAAUGACCCAUCUACUCGUAUAUUCCCUGACCUCUGCACUUCACACCGCAAGAAUUUGAUGCAUAUGUUGAAAAACCAUCAAAAGCUGCAAGACAUCAAAAGGAGAUGCAUCAAGGCAAAGGAAGAGCUGUCGGAGAAUUUGCACGUUAGAUUGAAGUGGAUAAUGUAUAUAGAGAGGCGCCUGUAUGAGGCGGACACGCGCGUCUCCAUGCAUCAAGAGAGUGUUCGGUGCCUGGCUGGACUCCUGCAGGUGGUGGAGCAGAUUCACCGCGCCCCGAGGGUCUAUGCCGCAGCCGUCACGGAGGUGGCUCGCCGGCACGCCUUCUCCAGGGCCUUCCUGCAGUGGGCGUCUGAGCUGAGCAGCCAGAGUGGAGAGGUGUGGAGGCGCGAGGUGGAGGCAAGAAGAGGCUUUUCCCAAGACUUCUCCACCCACUUCCUAGCCUCUCUCUUUCCUGGUAUGGAAGAUCUGCCUCCUAAUUUUGCAACCUCUCUACCAUCCCAGUUUGACAUGGCUCUCCCUAAGGUUACCAAAGAAAACAUAGAUGAACUGAGAAGACUGCUGCUGGAACUUUCUCACUGUCUGGUCAUUGGUGAGGUUCUGGCGGUUCCUCCUCUGCUUCGCCAUUUCACAGCCGCUCUCAAUACACAGGAGGAGAGGAGGAGGAGGAGGAGGAGGAGGAUGAAGAAGAACGAGGAGCAGGAAGACAAGGAGCAGGAGGAGGAGGAGGAGGAGAAAGAGGAGGAGGAGGAAAAGGAAGGCUCCAGGAGAUUACAAGAAAAGACAAGCACACAAGAUUAUUAGAUGAAAGAAGAGGAGGGAGAGGAGGAGGAAGAAGAAGAAGAGGAGGAGGAGGAGGAGGAGGAGAAGAGGGGCUCUGUGAAGACCAAACAGCAUUUUACAGCUCUUCCUGACUACCCAAAGCACAUCAAACUGGACAAGCACAGGUUGAAUUGAGUGAAGCAAGAGUGGAAGUAGAGAGGCUGAGAGACAGACUGGGACAACUUGGUGAUUUGAAGGGACAAGUGAAUGCACUGAGAGAGAAGGUGAAGGUGGAGGGCAGUUCCUACCUGUCGUAUGUGUCUCAGGUGUCGUCGUCAAUCUUGGACUUGAUCUUCCAGAUACAAGACGAGAAUACAAGCAAGAGGAAGGAGGAGGAGGAAGAGGAGAGGAAGAGAUCGGACAGCCUUCACCAGCAACUGACAGAGACCCAACACAAGCUGGCAGACACUCAACACAAGCUGGCAGACACACACAGACUGGCUGAUGUUUAUAAAGGCCAGUUGGAAGAUGCUCACAGGGAGAUUGAAAUAUAUAUGGACCAAUUGCAUAGACAAGAACAAAGCCUACAGCAAGCAGCAACGGAAGCAGAGGAGGCAAGACAGAAGAUGGAGAAGGAGAGGAAGAAGGAGGUGGAGGAGGUGGAGGAAAGGUGGAGAGAGAAGAUGAAGCAAGCCACUCUAGAACAUGAACUGGAGAUGGAAGAGUUAAGACAGCAGUUAGGAACAGUGAAGGAGACACUGGUGGCCGGCCUAGAGGGAAGAGUGGAGGAGAAAGUAAGGGAGCAACUUCAGCAAGAAAAAGAAAGAAUUGUAAAGAUUUUGGAAACAAGUUUUGUAGAGAGGGAAAGAAAUGCACUGGAAAUUUUGAAGGCAGAGCUGCUGGAAAGGUUGAGGCAGGAGAAGGAGGAAGCAGUGGAAGAAGAAGGGAACAAGAUCAGAGCUGAGUGGAAGAAAGAUUUGCAUAGGAAAGAAGAAGAAAUGAAGAGAGAAAGACAAGAAUUUCUGGAGAAUGAGAGGAGACACUGGGAGAAGGAGAAGGAAGAGGAAGUGCAGAGGAAACUUGCUCUUGUGGUGGAGGAAGGCCGAAGGGAACUGGAGGAGGAGAGAAAGAGACACAGGCUGGAGGUUGAAAACAUAAGGUCUAGAUUUAGAAUGAUGACAACAACCACAGCCACCACCAGCACCUCCCCCACUAGUCUGCCUUUCUCUUCAAGUCCCAGCGAGGAGCACCCGCCCUCCUCCCCACCCUCCUCUCUCAACAGAUGGGAGGUGAGAGGGAGAGAAAGAGACAAAGAGAGAAAGAGGGAGAGGACACCCACAAUUCACACUGGAAAUGUUCUGUCUUACUCUAAUGCCUCUCUUUAAUUGCUCAGGGCCUGGACAGUCUGAAAGAGGAACUGAUGAAAGAGAGAGAGAUAGAGAUUGAAGAGAGAAUUGCAAGUGUAAGAGAGGAAGAAAGGAGGAAAUUAGAUGACGAAAAACAGAUGGAGUUUGCAGAAGCAGUGAAAGCUUUGGCGCAGGACAAGGAAAGGGUUAUUGAAGAUUUGAAGAUUAGGAUUCAGCUUCUAACAGAUGAGUGUGACAGAAGAAGAGGAGGAGGAGGAGGAAGGGAAAAAUGUUGGAGGACAGAUAUUGCAAGAAAAUGUUGAAUUGAAGAAUCAGAUCACCUCACUGCAGAAACAAGUCAGAAAUUUGGAAACUGAACUGGCAAGAGCAAAACGGUUUUCAUUUGUGACGCAGCAGAGCACCACCACCACCACUGCCACCACCGCCACCGCUGCUGCUGCUGCCACCGACAUGACGGCCUCCACAGCCUCAAUGACUGUUAAUGAAGACACAAGAGAGAAUUUGGUACGUUAGGUUAGGUUUACCAGUGUCUCUCUUCUGAAUCACUGUGCUUUGUCACUGCCACUGUUUUGCAAGGCCACAGGGAUGUUUAGCUGGGUUCUCAAGAGUGUUUCUCCUACACAAAUGUUGUUAAUCUGUCACUGGAACCAUAAAAACACCCUUGAAAACCUGCAUUUUAAAAGAGUGUUUCUCCUGUCAUUAAUGCAGAAAUGAACACCCUUGAAAACACAGGUCACUUCAGUUAGAGCAUUUUAAAAGAGUGUUUCUCCUGUCAGUAAUGCAGAAAUGUUGUUGAUCUGUCGCAGAAAUGUUGUUAAUCUGUCGCAGAAAUGUUGUUAAUCUGUUGCAGAAAUGUUGUUAAUCUGUUGCUAGAACCAUAAAAACACCCUUGAAAACCCACAUCACUUUAAGUUGAGCCCUUUAAAAGAGUGUUUCUCCUGUCAUUAAUGCAGAAAUGAACACCCUUGAAAACAUGCGUCACUUCAACUGGAGCCUUUUAAAAGAGUGUUUCUUCUGUUAAUAAUACAGAAAUGUUAAUCUGUCACUGGAACCAUAAAAACACCCUUGAAAACCUGCGUCACUUCAGCUAGAGCAUUUUAAAAGAGUGUUUCUCAUGUCAGUAAUGCAGAAAUGUUGUUAAUCUGUCACUGCAACUGUAAAAACACCCUUGAAAACCUGCAUCACUUCAACUACAGCCUUUUAAAAGAGUGUUUCUCCUGUCAGUAAUGCAGAAAUGUUGUUAAUCUGUCACUGCAACUGUAAAAACACCCUUGAAAACCUGCAUCACUUCAACUACAGCCUUUUAAAAGAGUGUUUCUCCUGUCAGUAAUGCAGAAAUGUUGUUAAUCUAUCACUACAACUGUAAAAACACCCUAGAAAACCUGCAUCACUUCACUUAGAGCCUUUCAAAAGAGUGUUUCUCCUGUCAGUAAUGCAGAAAUGUUGUUAAUCUGUCACUGCAACUGUAAAAACACCCUUGAAAACUCACAUCACUUCAAUUACAGCCUUUUAAAAGAGUGUUUCUCCUGUCAGUAAUGCAGCAAAGUGUUUCUCCUGUUAGAUACAAUGCUGAGAAUAGUCUGUGUCCAUAUUACUUGAUACAGAAGCCACAUCCUCACUCUGUCACAUCUUUAGGGGAACUGAAGAAAAACUGAGGCUGGUGUUAGCAUAGUAAUAAUAAUGAUAGCAAUAAUUUUAAGGUAUUUAUGUAUGUAUAUAGUCACCCUUGUCAGUAGACACCUGCCGAAACGAUAAUUACUCCCAGUGAGGUCUAAAGCACUGUUCAGGGGGUGCUGUGAACUUAUCAUUAAACCCAGCUGUGA